AUGAGGCAUCCAUCCAAUAAACUUCUUGAAUGCCAUUAUCACUCUGAUAAAUGCCUUCAUCUUAAAGUUAGGAAUUGUCCUGAUAUUUCUUUUUUAAUUCAUGCACCAGUGAGACUCGUUAUUUAUCAUUUUCUCAAUGGUACUCCUUUGUGCAAAAUAGCGCUAAGUUCAUAUAAUUUAACUGACGCGGUAAUGUUGCUAAUGCCGAUAAUUUCUUAUGCAUUUGAGGUACCAAUGCCAAACUUAACGAUUGGACUUAACCCCGAAUUACACUUUAAAUUGUUAUUCGAUUUUGGUUAUCAUGGCACUUGCGAGCAAAUUUUAAUCAAAUUAUACCACAAAUUAAUUCAUUAUUUCGAAAUGUACUCUCCCGUUUCGAAUCACGAAAUUACUCGCGUUUUGGAAGUUAUCAAGCAUUCCACUAACGAUAUUCUGGAUUGCCAAGUUCACAAAGAGAUUUUUCUCUACCUUUCAGUUAAAGACUGUUCCGAAAUUUCAUUUCUGAUAACUAUUCCUGUGGAUUAUCCCUUUCAGAGAUUGACGGUUUGUCAAUUAAGCAACGGUGCCCCUUUUGGUGAAGUAGUACAAACUAAUCUAACCAUAAUGGAUGUUGUCAUGUUGCUAAUGGCCUUUGUUUGCAACGAAUUCAGGAAACCAAUGCCGGGAGUAGCAGUUCAACUUAAUCCGGAGCUCUAUCAAAAGUGGCUGUAUGACUUUAACAAUGAGGGUCCUUUCCGCUCCUUUUUAAUCUCCUAA